CUCACAUAUUUUUUCAUUGGCUCCUGAUUUCAUAAAUUUAGGGUUUCCAAGAAUUCUCCAUUUCUCUCUUGCCGACUCUACCCAAAAGACUCUCUCUCUCAUCUCUCUCGCUCAUCUUUCUCUUAAUUAGAGGCACAGUUAUUGAAAAAGCAUACACAAAAGAAAGAAGGAGAAUGGUGAGGGGAAAGACAGAGAUGAAGCGGAUAGAGAACGCAACGAGCAGGCAAGUGACUUUCUCCAAGAGAAGAAAUGGACUUUUGAAGAAAGCCUUUGAAUUAUCAGUCCUUUGUGAUGCUGAAGUUGCCCUAAUCAUCUUCUCUCCUAGAGGCAAACUCUAUGAGUUCUCUAGCUCCUCCAGUAUACCAAAAACAGUAGAAAGAUAUCAGAAGCGAAUACAAGAUCUUGGGCCUAACCAUAAGAGAAAUGAUAACUCACAGCAAUCGAAGGAUGAAACCUAUGGCUUGGCGAGAAAGAUCGAACAUUUGGAGAUUUCGACAAGAAAAAUGAUGGGAGAAGGACUUGACGCAUCUUCUAUAGAAGAGUUACAACAAUUGGAGAACCAGUUGGACCGAAGCUUAAUGAAAAUAAGAGGCAAAAAGUAUCAAUUAUUACGCGAAGAAAUUGAGAAGUUAAAAGAAAAGGAGAGGAACCUCGUUGCAGAAAAUAAAAUGCUGAUGGAGAAGUGUGAGAUGGGAGGAAGAGGAAUAGUAGCAAGAACUUCAUCAUCAACAACAACUGAAGAAGUGGACAUAGAUGACAAUGAAAUGGAAGUGGUGACUGAUUUGUUCAUUGGACCUCCAGAGACUCGACACUCCAAAAAGUUUCCUCCUCCAAACUAACGUAUAGUAUAUGACAUUUACCUUGAAAAAUUGACAUCUCACAACACUAAAUAUUAUGUACGUCCCUGGAAGAAAAGUUGAUGUUAAAUACUUUAUUUAGCUUCGUAUUUUUUUUUUUGUUUUUGGUAUCCUCUAACAACUUUGAAUACCCAAAAUAAAAGUCACAAUACUCUAGUUGUUCA